AUGUCGCAGCGAGGGGGCUUCUACCUCCUCCCUUACGGCACCCUCCUCAUCCUACACAUCGCCGGUCAAGCGAAGAUACGUCAGGCCGGGGUCAAUCCCCUCGUUCAAGAAGAAAGUCGCAUCCCCACCCCCCUCUUCAUCUCAUCGCAAGAACAAGGGCCGAUCGCGAUCUCGGUCACGAUCGCGAUCGCGAACACACUCUCGGUCACGCUCUCGGUCACGAUCGUCACGUUCGCGCUCUCGGUCUCGGUCUCGAUCACGCUCGAGGUCAAGAACAUCAUCGAGAUCGCGUUCUCCCUCAAAUGGUCGUCGCGUCGCAGCAGCAGCAGCGGCAGGAGAAGAGGCCGGCGCAGCGACAGCGAUAGUCGCAGCGAAGAUGAAGAGAAGCAGCGACGGCGGCAGCAAGACCGGAGCAGGGACGAUCAUCGUGGUCGACGUCGCGACGAUGGCGAAGACAGGCGAACGAAAGAACGAACAGAAAACAACAAGAAGGCAGAGGAGGAAGAGGAGGAAGAGGUGGUCGUGGACGGCGAUGACGACAACACCAUGGAUACAGAGGAGGUAGAAGAGAAAGAAGAAGAAGAAGAAGAAGAAAAGCAGGCACGAUCGCCAUCGCCACCGCAAAGGCUGGCCUCGACGAUCGGGCGGCGUCCACCAUCUCUGGGCAUCCGGCGCCGCAUGCCCUCUCCGCUGGCGGCCACUUCGUCUGCCGCACCGCCGUCGCCGUCGUCCUCAUCGGGCAUCUCCCUCUCGGCCUCGGCACCCGCCGGCGCUCUGCCCACACUUGCGCCCACUUCACCUCCGCUGCCUCCCUCCUCGAUGUCGCACGAGGCAACGCUGGAGAAGGUUCGACGUAUCAUCGCCGUGCAGUUCGACGUGGAGAUCGAAUACAAGCGCCGUGAACUGCGACUCAUCGAGGACCGCCUGCACGAGGGCGAAAUGAUUCUGGAGCGUCUACACGAGGCCUGGGCCAACCGCGGUUUCAUGCGAUUGGGCAUGUCCGACAGCGAUGACGGAGACGACGAAGAGGCGGAUGAGAACGAGGAGGAGGAGGCAGAAGAAGUGCAAAGGCUCAAGCAGGCCCGCGAAGAGCGGAGAAAGCGGCAAAGAAAGAGUGCGGAGAGCAGGGAGGGCGAACGACGGAAGGCGCUCACAGAUGUGGAGCCCAGCGAAGCUCCGCAGCAGCGAACAGCUGCGAAGGAGAAAGAGCGAAGCGAGAAGAAGGCCGGCGACAAAGGCAAAGAGAAGGAACGCGGGGGACGGGAGGACAAGAGGAAGAAGGACAAGGGGAAAGAGAAGGAGAAGCUCACACGAAAGCAAGCGGGACAGGAGACCGAAAAGGAGAAGGAGAAGGAGAAGCAAAGCGCAGCGAAGAGCGGCACCGAAGGUGGCCCCAAACGCAAACGACAGAAAAUCUCCCCCAAGGCCGGCCCCUUGUUGGUCUGCCCGACGUGCAAGCGCGAGAAGUUCUUGAACGUGCUGGGCUUCGUGAACCACUGUCGCAUCAUGCACAAGAUCAAGUUCGCCACCCACGCCGAUGCCGUGCUGGCCUGUGGUACUGUGGUGAACGAGGCCGACGUGCCCGCCGACGACCCCAGCAGACUCGACACCGCCAUGAUCUACUACCCGCGCAGCUUUACCGCACCUACACAGACGGAGAAGCCGCUUAAGAUAACCUUGAGCGAGGGCGAGGUGCCGGAGAACGUGUCUCGAUUCUACCUCAAGAAGAAGGUCAUCGUGGGCAACACCUCCAAAUUCAUUCCAACCGAUUCUCGAGAUGGUGAUGACAGAUCGACGCACAAGUGGAUGGUCUACGUGCGUGGACCGGCAGAGGAACCCGACAUCAGUCACUUCGUCAAGAAGGCGAGGUUCUUCCUCCAUCCCAGCUUUGCGCCAAACGAUGUGGUCGAAGUUUUGCAUCCGCCCUUUCACCUCACGCGACGAGGAUGGGGCGAAUUUCCGGUUCGCGUGCAACUGCACUUCGUGGAUACGCGAAACAAGCCGGUGGACAUCAUCCAUCACCUCAAGCUGGACCAAACCCACUCGGGCCUGCAAAUGCUGGGCGGCGAGACGCCGGUGGAGGUGGAGCUGAACCGACGAUUCUUCGAGGAGGAGCGUCCCACCAGCAUCAGUGCCAGCUCAAGCUCCAGCUCCAGUAGCAGUACUGCCACGCAGCCCCCGACCGUCAAGCUGGAGCCGCCGAGUCGGGAAAGAGGGAGUGACGGCGGAAAGAGCGAAGAGCUACCGGUGGCCGCCAAGGGCGCGGGUAGUGGGAAGAGUCCCUCGUCUGCCACAGCGGGGAAGCGACAGCAGGCGCCGCCCGAAGGCUCACGGCCUCCGCAGCCUUUACAGCCGGCAAGAGCCGCGGGCACUGGCGGAGCGCUGGGCAAGCGAGCGAGAGACGAGGAGCAAGGCGACCGGGAGGAGGAGGACAUCGACGUCAUCGAUGGUGCCAUCGACGCCGCUCUGCCAGCCAAGAACGCCAAAGGCUUCAAAGCGAAGCGCCAGAGGGUCGGUGGCGAGAGCAGCCGGCCGGCUCUCCCCGACCGGCGCAGCGAAGACGAACUCGAGGCGUCUCGGCACGAGCGAAGGAAGGAGCGAGAGAGGGAGAAGGGCGGCCCCAAGGGAAAAGAAAAGGAGAAGGAGAAGGCGAGGUCGAGACAGGUCACGGACAAGGAGAACCGGGGCCGGAAGAGAGAGUCCCCGCGGCCGAGGGUCAAGGUCAAGGACGAGAAGGUGGACGACGAGCAGGAGCAAGGCGAGGAAGACGACGAACGAAUGGAGGCGACGGUCGUCAAGAGAAGAACGCGCGACGAAGAGGAAGAAGACAUCGACAUCAUCGAAAUUGAUCUCGACGGUGACGACGCCGAUGCCCCUGCUCCUGCUGCAGGUGGUGAUGCUCCGAGCAGCCCCGGAGGCAACUUCAUGGACAUCGAGAACGAGAAGGAGACACCGAAGGAACUGAAGAAGGAAGCUCCAACAGAGCAAAAAACGCUGCAGCCGCCGGCGACCGAUCAGGCCGCAGUGUCCUCCCUCCCCUCUGCGUCUGGCGUCACCACCGCGAGCGAGUCUUCCGGCAGCUGA